UUCUUGACGGGUGCUUUUGAAAAGCUACGCGAGGAUUGUAGUAUUUAAGAGUGCAGAUCGCCCAAUGCUAAAGUUGUUUUGACAAGUUUCGUCCAUAACCUCAAAUCUAGCAUCUAAUCAAAAUCCAUCAGCCAGCGCAAACAAAAUACGGGGAAAACGACCGAAAAUGAAUUCAACCACGGCAUAUUCGAAUGUCCAUCGCGGAUUUCUGCAAGCUUGCGUGCUAAAUAGCACGCUCACUUUAAGCCAGGCCUUCAAAAUAAUAAGUCAACUGGCGGAAAAAUACGCCCCCGACGAUCCGGCUCCGACCGACGAUGAGAUGGACACAGUGGUCGCGGAAAUUAACGCUCAAAUCGGCCGCUUUGGCCAGCGAAUCGUUCUGCUGGAUUUCGACCCCACCCAGAAGGAGUACUACAUAUUCGCCAAUCUGUCGGACACCCCGCUGGAUCGGGUGCAGGAAGCCUAUACCGAGGCGGAGGUCGAUUUCUUCCGGGUGGUCUUGCACGAGCUGGCUUGCACCGAGCAUCAUCGUAUACAGCAGAUCGCCUGUUUGAAUUUGACUGCGAAUGUCGUUGCUUCCGGCGAGCCGUUGACCAAGGGCCGUGCCGAGGAAUUGAUUGACGACUGGCUCGAGGAGGGCUACCUGGCCCUGACGAAGAAGGACAUCGGUUUCGGACCGAAAACGAUGGUCGAGUUCGAUCGGUACUUGCUGAAUAACUUUCCCGACCACAUCGACACGUGUCGGCUGUGCAAGGAGGUUCUGUUCUAUGGCGUGAAGUGUGACAAGUGUUCCGAGAUGCUGCACAAGUCGUGCAUGAAGAAGUACAUUCAACGGUUGAAGAAAUGCCCCGCCUGCAACAAGGUUUGGACGGUUGCCCUGGAAUGAAUCACUAUUAGGGCGGAUACGUCAAAAACUUGCUACGGUUGCAUGAAAAUAUAAUCCGGUAAUUUCAUCACGCAUGAUUAUGGCAAGUGACGAAUGGCGAUAGUCUUCAGCCGAAAACCAGCGCAUGCUAAUCUCGAAGACCAAGGCACCACAAAGGUCAGUUGGUGGUGUUCCAGAAUUAGUGGCAGUUUUUUUUUUUUCUACCUGGCCCCGUCGGCCGGCAGACAGCGAAUUGAAGUGAGUUUUUUUUUAUGGACCGCAAAGGUCGCAAGCGGGCGAAGGUCUAAAUGACGAUUAUGACAAUUAAAUUGUUGAUUUUAAGGCAAAAACAUUUUUUUGAUGGUGUAGUGUAUGCGAAUACCCUGCGCAUUCAAGGUAUCGAUCAUCAGAGUUCGGCAAUCUUCGGGUUGUGACGAAAUGUUAAGGCGGUUCAAUAACCGGUCGAGACCAAUAAACAGAUCAGUUGAUCUUCUGAGUUUAUACUGAACGCUAGUCUUUUACAACGUAUCCAAACAUAUCACGGUUAUUAUUUAAGGUCUAAAGUCCGCUGCAAUCCACUUCGGUAUUAAGCAUAAGCCAGUCUGAUCUAAGUGAUAAAAUCAAUACUGCCUAAACCGAAGAACAUUAAAACAACGAGCUUAGACGAACG